AUAGUUCAGUAUUAUUCCACUCAUACCUUCACGAGCAGGCAGACCAAUAGGAACUAACCGUAAACAUGAAAGUGUGCUUAAUUGGAAUAAUACUUUGCUAUGCGAUAACUGCCUUUGCUCUGCCACUCGAUGAGUCAACCAUAUUGGAAAUUUCAACUAUUGAGACAACAACUGCCGAAACGGACACAACCGAGACACCAACAACUGUAACAACAGAAAUAGAAACCACCUUUGAACCACCUGUUCUUUGUGAUGAUGGUGUCCAAUUUCUGCCAGCGCCAAAUUGUGAUCAAUUCUACUUGUGCGCAUAUGGUAUAGGAAUUCUAAAAACAUGUCCCAACGGACUCUAUUGGGAUCCCUCGCUAGACGUUUGCAACUGGGGCUCAGAUAAUUGCGAAAGCGAUCCGGCCGUCCCUGAAUCGCCGGAAUCUGAUUGCUCCACGGGAAAUCAAUUUGUGCCCGAUGAAUCUGAUUGCACCAAGUACAUUCAGUGCGUUUAUAAUAUUGGAAUUCAAAUGAGCUGCCCACCCGGCCUAUUCUGGAACCAACCACUUCAGAGAUGCGACUACGAAUGCAAGUUUUAGAAUUUCUCCGUGAACCGAGGCAGUUUUGUUAAAAUUGCAAAAUAUAUUAUUCAAUACUGUCAAAAGAGCAA